UACAAAGUCCGACUGCAAGUCGGGAGAAGUGAAAGUGACAGAGUCGAGUUCACAUUCGAGCAAAGGCUACCCCGAUAAAAGACAGCCUGCGAAGCGCUGCGGUGGUUUGUUCAGGUGCACAAAGAGGCAGGUUUAAACUGCAGGGCCGAUUUGCUCUGUUUCCUGUUUUUAUAGUUGACUUGAGUCGCACUAUAAAUGCAUUGGAUCCGGUGACAGCCUCGACACAACCACAACACGAGACGCGACAGACAUGGAGAAUGGGAAGAGCCGCCUGCAGCAGGCCCAGGAGGACGUGGAGGAGGUGAAGGUCAUCAUGCUGGACAACCUGAACAAGGCUGAUGAGAGAUCUGACAAAUUGAAUGACUUGGAGGGUAGGGCUGAUGUGCUGCUGGAAAAGAGUAAAACUUUUGAAAAGACCACCAACCAGGUGAAGCAAAGGAAGAGAUGGGAGAAUAAAAAGAUGAAAGUGGUGUUUAUUGCUGUCGGAGUGGCAGCUGCUGUCAUUGUAAUUGGACUUAUAAUCUUUGCUAUUGUCGAUAGUACAAGAGCACAGUAGCUCCUUUGCCGAUGAAAUACGACAUCUGCACAGGAAGUGGACAAAGAUAAAAGGUCCAAGAAAAAGAGGAAUGCAAACUGGGAGACUUCAGUAUCUCGCCUGAACCGCUCAGUCUGUGAUAUUUCUGUGUUUAGAGAUAUUUAUGGAACUACUGGUCCCACUCCUUAUUUGUGAAAGUCUUCAGUUUAAAUGGUACCGUUGAUUGCUCGGCUGCUUCGCUCUGUGUCCGCUGUAACUUUUCAAAGGUCAUGUCUCUGUCGGGUCCACAUUGGAAGGACACAGAAAUCUUCCUGAAGAUUAAAUAUAAACAAAAAGUGCUCUGGCACUACUCCACCACUAUAAGCAAAACUGGAUUUGCUCAUUUCUUUUAACAAAAUAUCAUCAGGCUGCUACUUUUGUACCAUUGGCUUAUACGUAGUGGUUCACCUUCAUGAGCGCCACUCACAGGAACACAAAGUUGCUGUCACUAAUUGCUGAACUGAAAACAGAAUUCAUUCAUCAGUUGAUGAUUUGGGAAGAAUCAACUGUCACUGCAAGAAGACAGAAGAGACAACAGAGUAGGUACCACACUUGGUGAUCACAUGCAGUUUCAGAUAGCUUCACAUUGGAUAAAAUGAACUGAUGUACUGUCACCUAAAAUUUCAUCUGUCCAAAAUGAAAUGCCCACAAAGUUGUCUGUAUCAUUAAAAUGUAUUAGCUUAAAAUGGUCUCCUGAUCUGUAUACAUGAGUCUGUUGCUCAUUUUUAGUGUUUUUGUCAGUUUUGUCACUAUGCACAAUACAUACAUGAUACAAACCAACUGCCAAAGCAUUAGCAAAAGUAUUUCAUUUAACCUAUGGCCAUAAUCCACAUGAAACCAGUCUUGACAGCCGAAAUAAUUAACAUGAUCUUUAAGAGACAGAGAAAGUAGAUAGUGGAUCACCGAAUUUAUUUUUAACUGAACUAACAGUGACCCCUGCUGGCCAGUGUUUGGAAUUUAUAUAAAUAUGCAGAUCGUAGGAACACUUCUUGUAUUCAGCAUAUAUCCAGGUGCUAUAUUUAUCAACCACGGACUCCUGAUCUCAAUCCACCUAAGGGUUUUCUGUACAUUGAAGUGCAGAUGGUGUGCUGAUGAGUCUGAUAAUCAUGUUUACUAUUGUCAAAACCAGAACUGCCAGUCGUUUGUAAAUCUAAGCGCGUGAAUCUCGUCACAUAACUUAAGAUGACAAUCCAGUCAACAUGUAGACAUAAUACUCUUCCUAAACAUUUAACCACUGAGUGCCUAUUGAGUAGCUCGCUAAUUGCCAUGCGUAUGUUAUUUUCACAUUCAUACCUAGAGGUGCUGUCGAUCAGCAUAACCAGAUCAGUUUCCAGUUAAAAUCUAAUAUUGUUAUUGUAUUAUUGUUGUUGUUGUUGUUGUUGUUGCUAUGGACAGAAUAGUAAGAAAAUGUACACAGUUUACAACCUGUUUUGUGUCUACAAUAAAAAGAAUGUUUGUUCCAUA